AUGGCCGACGCGUAUUCGCAUGCUCUGCUCGUCGAGCUUGAAGAAAACAACGUACCAAGAAUAAAAAACAAACUAGUGAAAUACUUUCAAAGUAAGAAAUCUAACGGCGGCGACUGUGAAGUUGACUAUGAAAAUGGCAGCAGGACAGCGCUGCUGCGCUUCCGCAAUAAGGAGGACCAACAAAAUGUUUUGGGGAAAGAGGCGCAUCAGAUCAGUUUGGAUAAAGGCGUGUUGAAGGUGACCGUACGUUUACCUACAGAGGAGACAACAACGCAGGAAGCUCCCUCUGAUAAUCUCAACAAGAAAUCGGAUGUUCCUGUGAACGACAAACAGUUGAGCACUGAUGAAUGCGCGUCUGCAGCCGAAGUUCAGACACAGGCGAAAGGCAGAGACGAUGAGACAGCAGAGGAAGAUUUCUGUUCCACUUCGGCUGUAUUAGGAAAUAUUCCAGAGACAGUAAACCGGGAAUUUUUGGAGAUGCUGGUGGAGAACAUUUUAAAAGAUCCUGACUCUCCAUCUGCCUCCCAAAGCUUCACUUUGGAAGUCAUUCCUACCAUCUCCUCUGCUGUGGUGACUUUUCAGAGUGGAAAAGAAAACACCAAUUUCGUGACAAGAUGCCCCCAAAACAGGACAUUCACGAAGAAGGGACUAUCAGUGCGGCCUCUUGAAGUCACAGAGCAAGUUAUAGUUGAAGACAUACGACAUUUCAGUGAAGAUGUCCUCUGCCUAUAUUUUGAGAAUGCAGGUGGGGAUGUGGAAACUGUCGUGUUUAAUGAAGUGGAUCAGUCUGCCAUCAUCACCUUUAAAGACCAUAAAGCUGUUCAGAAAAUCAUGAAGAAGAAGCAUCACAUUAAACAGAAAGAGAUCAAAGUUUAUCCUUUUUACACAUCUUUGGAAACAGCCCUCUAUGGCAAGGACAUGCCUUCGCUAAAACUCCCUGCUGCUGUCUCUGAACCCAUUGAUGAUGCUGUCUGGAGAUACCUAAAUGGCAAUAAGUCAGCAGCAGGGACCAUUCAUAGUCACUUGGCAAAACACUUCUGCAACGUAAACCUCGACCAAUCUACUGUAUGCUUAAGACCCGUGUCUUCACUACUACAGCAAAAGGAUGCCAAAGCCAUCGUCAAAGAGUGGAGGAAUACUGUGAAGUCGGCCUUUGCACAAGCUCUGUCAAAAUUCAAAUCCUUGAAGCUUCAGUCAGAGUCAGAGGUAUGGGAAGAGUCUGAGGAGAAGAUCAGACAGACACUAUUGAAUGAGGAUGUGGUCGUAGUGCCUGAUAAAGCCAGUUGUGUCUUAUCAGUGGUUGGGCUUGCGGCUGAUGUCAACAGACUAGAGAAAACUCUUUGUGAAGUCAUAAACAAGAUUGUCAAAAGGGUGCAGAGGGAGAAAUCGAGCGUAACCCAAGAAAUCAACGUGUCAUCCUCGAGUUUCCACAUCCUGUGUCAAGAUGGUCUUCAGGACAAGCUGCUACAUGUGUACCCAGAACUUAAAAUAUCAGUUAGGAAAGAGAGUCUGAUAGUAACUGGCUUAAGGGAUGAGAUCUUGGCAGCAAGCAAAGUUAUAUAUGAUGCAAUAUUUGCAUUAAAACGUCAGACUUUAGAAAUAGAUAACUUUGUGCUUGACUUGUUGAAGGAUGAGCAUCAAGAGGAGCUUACAAAUGCUCUCCUCACAUCUAAUGGAAUAAAUGCAGCGUUUGAGAUCAACGCACAAAGGGUGCAGCUCCUUGCUGUUUCUGACAGAGAUCUGAAUGAUGCUGAAGACCAUCUGGGAAGGCUGCUAAUAUCUCAAUACAUUGAUGUUGAAGACUGUAAUGUCCUGGAGAAGCCAGAGUGGCAGACCCUGGUCAGUCAACUAGAGAACACCAACAAUAAGUCAUGCGGGAGAAUUCGAAUCCACACCACUGGCCAACAAGUCGUCGUGUCUGGCCACAAGGAUAGUGUCAGGAAAGUUAGCAGUGAACUUGAGGACUUCUUAACACAGUAUGCUCAAGUUGAAGAAACUAUUGUGGUCAAGCCCAACGCCAUAGUUGAAUACAUUAAAAAAUGUGACACAUCUGGGUUGGAGCAGGUGGAAGACAAAGUGGUGGUGUCUUACAGAAAGGAGGCCAUCUGUCUAAGUGGUUCUAGAGUUGAUGUCACAGAUUGCAAGACCUUGGUUGAAAACUUGGUCUCUUCUGUGUUCUUUGAAAGUUUAAAAGUCCCCAAGCCUGGAGUGAAGAAGUUCUUCCAAGAUAAAGAAACUAUGUAUGUUUCCUCACUCUUGAGUGAAACUGGCUGCCUGGUCCAGCUGGUUGAUGAGACUAGUGGUGGACAGGACCACAGACAAGUAGCAAAACCUGUGUACCAGCUUCAGACAUCUGAUGGAGUGGAAAUAGCCGUUUGCAAGGCAGAUAUGUGCAGCUACCCAGUGCAUGCCGUUGUCAAUGCUUCUAAUCAGGACUUGAAACAUAAUGGAGGUCUUGCAGGAGCACUUCUUAAUGCUGCUGGCCCUCAGUUGCAGGAUGAAUGUGACAAACUAAUUCAUUUGAAUGGACAGCUCAAGCCUGGAGACUGUGUCAUAACUGGGGCGGGGGGGCAGCUUUGCUGCAAAAAAGUCAUCCAUGCAGUGGGACCCAAGUUUGAUUCAGCUAAACCCCAGAAGGCUCUGGCACAGUUGAAAAGAGCCGUUAAAGGAAGCUUAGAACUUGCUGAAAAGCACGGCUGCAUCUCUGUCGCUCUGCCCGCCAUCAGCAGAACCCAAGGCUUUCCUCUCGAUUUGUGUGCAGUCACCAUCAUCAAAGCAGUGAAGGAACACUGUGAUGACAAGUAUGAUGACAACACCCUGAAGAGGAUCCAUUUGGUGAACAAUGACGACAGUGCUGUUCAGGCUAUGGAGGUAGCUGUCAGAAAGGAGUUUGGAAAUAAUGGUGUCAGUCAUUCUCAACAAACUCUCCCUACCAAAGUCACCAAGUCUCCACCUGUGAAACAUGUUGGAUCUGCAGGAUCUGACCCAGACUGCUUGGGUCAAGUGCUCACCAAAGAGGGUUUGGGCAUCACUCUCAUGAAAGGAAAUAUUGAGGAUGCUACGACGGACGUGACCGUGAAUUCUGUGGUUGAAGAUCUUGCACUGAACAAAGGGGCAGUUUCAAAUGCCAUCUUGAGAGUGGCUGGACCCCAACUUCAGCAGCUGGUUAAUGCAAAAAAAGCGAGUGGAAAUGUCGGGGAGAUCAUUGUUACUGACGGCUGCAACCUGAAGAGCAAACAAAUCUUUCAUGCCGUUGCACCUCACCACAGAGGACAAAGCACAGCUGAAAAGAUCUUGAGUGGCAUUUUCAAGGAUUGCUUGGGCAAGGCAGAGGACAGUGGUCUGACUUCCAUAUCCUUCCCCGCCAUCGGCACUGGAAACCUGGGUUUCCCAAAAGACCUUGUAGCCUCAAUGAUGUUGGAUGAAAUCUUAGCGUUUAGCAGUAAGAAACAACCUAAGCACCUGAAGAAGGUCAUGAUCAUCCUUUACUCAGGAGAUGCACAGACAAUCCAGGUUUUUAGUGAUGAAUUUAAGAAGAAGUUCCCCACAUCCUCAGGUGGUCCUGUGCCCUCGAGUUCCCCACAAAAUCCAGGUCCCUUCUCUAAAGUUGUCUCGAGCUCAGGCAUGCAUGAGACCAAAAUGGGAAGUGUGGUUGUACAGGUGGUCACAGGAGACAUAACCAAGGAGACCACUGAUGUCAUCAUCAACUCCUCCAAUGAAAGUUUCUCUCUUAAGUCAGGAGUAUCGAAGGCUAUUCUGGAAGCAGCUGGUCAGGCUGUUGAAGCAGAAUGUCAAAACCUUGGUGCCCAGACCAACCCAGGCAUGAUAAUGACCCAGCCAGGCAACCUCAAGUGUAAGAAGAUCCUCCACAUAGUUGGACAGACAGACCCAGGAAAAAUCAACAAGACUGUGAAACAGGCACUUGAAAUGUGUGUGAAAAACUUAUACACAUCUGUCUCAUUUCCUGCCAUUGGCACAGGUCAAGGCAAUGUACAGGCAAGGCAGGUGGCAGAUGCCAUGUUGGACGCAGUGAUUGAUGUGGUGAGCCAAAAAACUCUGAGUACCCUGAAGACAAUCCGGAUAGUUAUUUUUCAGCCACCCAUGCUAACAGAGUUCUACAACAGUAUGCACCAAAGAGAAACCACUGAAUCUAAAGAUAAAGCAGGGUUCUGGGGAAACAUCGGCACCAAAAUCAAAUCAUUAUUUAUUAGUGAAAGUGCUGACAAGCCACGGAAAGAAGGGGAUUUUGUCAUAGAGGCUCUGAAAGUGGACCCCGCUUGCUUCCACAUCUGUGGUGAGUCACAGGCUAGAGUAGACUCAGCCAAGCAGUGGAUCAACGACCUGAUAUCUAAAGAGCACAUCAGCACGUGCAUUUCAGACAACUCCAUCCUUAGCUUCUCUGAUGCAGACCACCAGCGCAUUGUUGACAUCCAGAAGACCAUGAGCGUGAGCAUAAGGACUGAGAGCAAGAAGGCCCAAGUCUCAGUCACCAUUGAGGGGCUCAGCAAGGACGUGCUGAAAGCCAGCAGUGAGAUCCAUGAGAUGCUGAGGGUCGCGAGAGAUGGGGAGGAGCUGAAGAAGAAAGUGGAGCUGGCGGGCACAAUGGCAGACUGGCAGUACCUGCAGCAGGGGCUUCAGUUUCAGAGUUUUGAUUCAAUGACCAACUUCACGCUGGAGCAAGCAUGGGAAAAGAAGCUAUCAAAUGUAAAAGUUACAGUCCAGGGUCAAGACUACACAGUCACUAUGCCAAGUGGACCUGCCACUGAUAACCAUGGACGUACCCUAGAGAUAAAGCGCAUUGACAGACUAAAAGUAGAUGAAGACAUCCCUGAGGUCUGGGAUAUCAUGCCAGCCAACACCUCGAGUCAGGCCGUCACCAUCAAGGCUGGGACAACAGAGUACACUGAAGUCCUGAAUCUCUUCCAGGCCACAUGUCAACAAACCAUUAUUAAGAUUGAGAGGAUCCAGAACCCUCUGUUGUGGAAGAGCCUACAGAUCAAGAAGCGUGACAUGGAGCAGAGAAACGGUCAUCAGAACAACGAGAAACGUCUCUUCCACGGGACCUGCCACAGCACUGUGGCCUACAUCAACGAACACGGCUUCAACAGGAGUUACGCAGGAAAAAACGCUGCUUGUUAUGGCAAUGGCACAUACUUUGCUGUCAAUGCAAGUUACUCUGCCCAAAACACCUACUCCAAGCCGAAUCCAAAUGGGGAGAAGUGCAUGUACCUCUGUCGAGUGCUGACGGGGGAUUACACAGCUGGACAACAACACAUGAUCGUACCGCCGUCCAAGGGCCCCGUCUCCGUUCAGAAGUACGACAGUGUUGUGGACAACGUGGCCAGACCCUCCAUGUUCAUUAUCUUCCAUGACAGCCAGGCUUAUCCUGAAUAUUUGAUUACAUUCAAGUGACACAGCCAUCCACUGACAUAACAAAAACAAAUGCCUUACAUUUUACACUGCCUGACAAUGUUUAAUAACGCUUUGCUAAUCAUCCGCUGAUUCAUGUAUUUGAUUUUCUUCUUAAGAUAUUUGGUUUAAACUUACAAUGAGUUCAAUAAUAUAAUAGCGGUCGUUUCCUGGUUUACAAGCAACCCAUAAUGAUGAAGGGUCACUUAUGGAAGUAUUAGUAUUUAGACCCAUAUAAUGCCUUGAAAAUAUCUCUGUGAACUGUGAUACUAUAGAGUAAUCAUGCAAGAAGAAAUCAAAGAAUAAAAAGAAAAUGAGAGGGUUUGCUGAAACAAAUCUUUUCCUGUGUUGUACGCUGUAAUUGCACUGAACAUUGUACACAGAGGUGAUGAGGCCGAUGGAAAGUAUCUGCUCUGUUCCAGAAUAUCAUGUUAUAAUAAAAACUUGUCUGCGUAUGCA